CAUCACUAUGGGCGGCCGUCUGGGUAUCUAUGGGCAAAUAGCGGUGCUUUGGGUGUUUAAAAAAAUGUUUUAUGGAUAACAGCUUCCCCAAUACGCACAAGAAGACACUGUGACCACUCAUUCCGUUUGGCUACAAUUCUUUGUGUUCGGGUCGCAGUGGUUUUACUCAGACAUUCUGGUGAGGAGAGAAACUUUUGUUGCGGUCUGUCAACUCCACUCCACUCAGUUGUUCUCAAUUCCGGGACACCAUCUCCGUGAUACCACUUUUGCCAGACAAUUCAGUUCCUGUUGUUGACAUUCGGGUCGGGCUACUGUCGGUGCGGACAAGGCGCCGCAGUGUUCUCGUCUCCUAUGGCUGAAGCCAGAAGAGAAGAGGAGGAGGAGGAGUUGAGGGAUAUACGGAACCGAAAUCAAGCAACAGAUCGAACAGAGAGAAAUAAGUCUGAGGCUCUUCAUUCCAGCCAAGGACCUCUGUCCUCAAUACGAGCUGCCAUCAAGCGAACGAGAACCAGCACCCAAAGUGAACAGACCAGAGACAGAAGACGUCCAGAGAUCACCAUCCUGUCAGCCGAGCCGCUCGCUGCCAACGGCUGGUUCCCAGGGGCUUCUGGGGGAUUUACGGCUCCCUCGCAGCCCAUCUGGGGAGGGAGCAUCCAAUCAGAUACCCAGCCACCGCCAUCCUAUGACCAGGUGAUCAAGGAGAAGACCCAGGAGACCGUUGUCACGCCGACCGCCACCCCCCGGAGAUCCACAACCAUUGCCACGCAGACCGACCCUGUGGAGGACGACACCGCCGCUGGCCCAGAAUGCACUGCAUCCUCACAGCCAAUCGAGAAGAGACAAUCUACAGUGAAAAUAAAGCCAAAAAAGCCACCAAGGCCAUACUUACCCAAGCCUUUACAAAGUGACUCUACCACUGCAAUAGCUGUAUCUGAUUCUGGUCUUACCCAAGUAGAUGCCACAGCCACUAACACUAAGAACCAAACUGACCCCAAGUCAGCCGCAGCGCAACCCAGCCCAACAGAUGCCAGCUGUGCAAUCCCAAACACCCGGUCUCUCUCUCCAUCUGUUUCUGUACAAUUGGAUGGGCCAAUAAUACCUUCCGAACCCAGCACUAUCACUACGUUCUUAGAACCUACAGUCCCAGUAGCCACUGAACGUCCCAUCCCGCUUCCUCGUUCCAAAUCCUGCAAACAGACAAUCACUGAGGAGGUCAAAGUUCAGACUCUGGUCAGGCUCAGUGACAGUGGUUCCAGUUCUGUAGAUGACACAGCAGUCGAGGCUCCUCCCUCGGGGAAGUACCUACAGGAACUAUUAGAUGUGUUUUGUCCCGAGGACCAAUGUGACCAGAACACUAGUGACAAUCAGACACCAACUGACGUGAGUGACCAAAGCGAGGAAGGUGACGAGGACGGUGACAUGGCCGCCCUUCACAGCCAACGUAACAUCCGGGCCCGGAUCCAGGCCUUUGAGAGCCAGGAGGGCGAUGGGGAACCAGAGUUCAAACAACCAGAGCCUCUACCCAGGAACGUGCACCUCAAACCCCCUGUGAUUUCAGCCAAACCAGCCCCAGCCCUUGCCCCCAAGCCCUCAAUCAAGAAGCCCAGUAAUGGCAAUAACUACCAGGGGGCAAUCUCCAUUUUCUCCACUCCCUUUACUCCUUCCAUCCCAACCCCAGCACCCAGACCCAUGCUCCACAGAAAACCCAGUAUAGUCCCAGAACCAAAAGAAUCAGAACCAGAGGCUCGGUCGCGGCUCUCCAUAGCGGCCAGGGCCAAGAACCUCUUCCCCCAAGAGGAGGAUGAACCCAGGUUGGUACCUCCUAUCUCUCCAGAGAAGCCUCGCAAGGAGCCGCUGGGCCUCAACCUCAACCUCAACAACCACAACUCAGCCUCCAUCACCACCACAGAGGCAGUGAAUGAAUACAUGGACAACCCCACAAACUAUAUCCCAGUGAACCCUGUGUGUAGUGAUGUGGGCGGCGGCGGCUCCUUCAGCAGACAGACUGUAACCAGAAGACCCACCACCAUUAGAGUGCCCAGUAAAGGAAACCUGUUCGAUGGGACUUUGGACAACCCUCCUCCUCUCCCUGCACAGAAGCCUGUAGGGUCACUGCCACCCCCCGUGACCCGUAAACAAAGCAUCUCAACCCGCUUCCCCUUCCAGGAGUCCUUUGAUUCUGAGCCCAUACCGGGCCUCCCUCCUCGGCCUGGUGGGGCUAAGGUCCUCCCUCCUCGCCCACCUCCAGCAAAAGUAGGCCCAGGAAGGCCACCCCCGCCCCGGAUAAAUGGUCCACGUCAAUCCCUCUCUACCCGUAGAGCACCAGCUUCAUCAGCAGCUCCGUCACCCAAGCAGCCCCAGGCUCAGAAGCCCAAGAAGAAGGGACCUGUGCUUCCCCCCAGGCCCAACCCUGGCCACCGUCUCUACAACCAAUAUACGCUUGGACUUCCCCACGGGAUAGCAGAGUUUGACUACAGUGGGAGAGACACAGGGGAACUCUCAUUCCAGAAAAAUGAGUUGCUGCUUCUGAUUGAGCAGCUCGACCACAAGACAUUUGAAUGUCAAGUGGGAGACAUCCGGGGCCGAGUCCAGAAGUCUCACAUGAAAGUCAUCACUCCUCUCUCCAAUGCCCCAACUAAACCAGCUCUGUCACAAGGUGUCAGCACAGUUGGGUCUCGUAGAGGCAGCAGUGGUCUGCAGGUGCAGGUCCUCCAUGACUUCACCCCAGAGGGUCCAGGGGAGCUGGGUCUGAGGGAGGGGGAUGUGGUGACCAAUGUGGAGCAGGUGGACAGUGAGUGGUACCGCGGCUCCUGUAGAGGCUCCUCUGGCUUCUUCCCUGUCAGCUAUGUCAAAGUUAUGUCAAAUGCACCAACACUGACCAACACAAAGAAGGCAAGGCCCCCCCCUGCAACAGUCAGUGGACCAAGGUGUGUGGCGCGGUUCGACUUCGAGGGUGAGCAGAGUGACGAGCUAACCUUUUCUGAGGGAGACGUGAUUCAGCUAAAGGAGUACAUGGAAGAGGAGUGGGCGAGGGGACAGAUAGGGGCCCACACUGGAAUCUUCCCCAUCAACUUUGUGGAUAUCAUAGAAGAUCUUCCUCCUCUGCCACAACCACAACGACAGCAAUCAUUCCCCACCAAGAUGGCACUACCUGGCAUGGUUUCUUCAACCAAGACCCAAGAGGCUGCCAAACCCAUACAGUCUGGUUCGUCAGGAGUGGAGUGGGCCGUGGCUCUGUAUGACUUUGUAGGCCAGGCAGAAGAGGAACUGUCCUUCCAACAGGGAGACCGUAUCCUGGUCACACAGCAUGUAGACUCCGAGUGGUGCUAUGGAAGGCUUAACGGUAGAGAAGGAUUCUUCCCCACAGCCUUCGUAGAGACCAGCUCAGGCAACUCUCCAGUGUUGGACAGACAGCAGAGUGUGACUAAUGGAGAAGGAAGCAGAGGGAAAGCGCUGUUCGACUUCACAGCUGAAUGUGAAGAGGAGCUCUCACUGAAGGCGGGGGAUAUCAUCACCAACGUGGAGUCCAUUGACGAUGAGUGGUUCCUGGGAGAGUUGAGGGGGAAGCGAGCAUUGGUGCCUAAAAAUUAUAUGCAAGUGCUGGCAUGAGUAAUCUACCAAAGAGACUGGGGCCCUAUGGGAACUACUUUGUGUCUGUGGUUUCAUCACGAGUAAUGUCUUUUGAACUAUGGAAAUAUGAGAACCUGAAAGAUGAAUAUUCCAAAGUGCCUUUUUGCCCCACUGGACUUGCUGUAGUUCUCUACUUUGAAGCGUGAAACUAGAUUGUCCAGUCAAUCUCCCACAGAAAGCUAUUGGGUGUCUUUUUGAAUGCAACAUUGUUUUUUUAAUAGUAUUUAUAAAUGUGAAAGGAUCACUUUAUUUGGAUAGUCCAUCUGUAUGUGGUCGCAAGCAGUUGCUUAUCAGCAGAUAGUAUUAAGGUAAGGGUCAGGGCUAGUUGAAAUGUUACUGAUAGUCUGUAGUCCAUCUGUAGGUGCUCUAUCCAAAUAAUGAAAUAACUUGGUAUGACGAUCCAUCUGAGAAUGGCUGGCUGUAACAUGCAUUCAUAUGACGUUCCUGCCACAACCCUUAUCAGCUUUGUUCUAAUCCAGAUAUGCAGUAUUUAACAUGUUGACCACACCAUUGCACAUUAAAUAUAGCUGUUGUAGUACAAUAUUUCC